AUUGCAGCUUUCGUUCGACAUUGAUUAACUACACAGACGACGGUGUCGUACGGAUUUUUCCCUGUUCAGACUGAUGUCACUUUUGUCAUUGUUAAAAGAUGGAUAAUACAGAAAAGAAUAUCGAUAGCUUAAAAGGUGCUGGGGAUGCAGCAGCUGAGAAAGAAGUGGAAACAAAACAAUCAAGAAUGUCUGUAAUGAGCUUCAUCACCACUGAGCUGACCAGGGGAUAUCUCCUAGAGAGAGAUAAAGCUAAAUUCUCAGAAAGAAGACAGAGAGUUUACACAUUUAUGAAAACUCCUCGAGAACUGGAAAAGUUCAUAGUGUAUGGCUUUUUCCAGUGUUUAGAUGCAUUCCUGUUUUAUUUCACAUUCCUUCCAGUAAGAAUUUUGCUAGCAUUGCUCAAGAUCUUGACUCAUCCAUGUGGGGUUCUUAUUCCCAGAUAUGAAAUUUUGGAGCCUGCACAGAUUUGUGACAUACUGAAAGGAGUGAUUCUAGUGAUGUGUUUCCUUAUUGUUAAUUACAUUGACACUUCAAUGAUGUAUCAUCUAGUCAGAGGUCAGGCCGUUAUCAAGCUUUAUGUCUUCUACAACAUGCUGGAUAUGGCUGAUAAGUUGUUCUCCAGUUUUGGACAGGACAUCUUGGAUUCCUUAUUCUGGACAGCCACUGAGCCAAAGGACAGAAAGAGAGAACACAUCGGAGUUCUUCCUCAUUUAGUGAUGGCUAUUAUUUAUGUUGUUAUCCAUACUCUUCUAAUACUGUUCCAAGCCACCGUUCUGUUAGUGGCCUUCAACUCCCACAACAAGGCAUUGCUGACAGUCAUGAUGUCAAAUAAUUUUGUGGAAAUAAAAGGCAGCCUGUUUAAGAAGAUAGACCGAGGAUUCCUCUACCACAUUUCCUGUAGUGACGUGAAGGAGAGAUUUCUGUAUAUUGUUUUACUGGGGAUAGUCUUCGUCAGAAACAUGACCGAGUUUUCAUGGGACCCACAACAUGUUUGGGUUAUCCUUCCUGAUGCUGUACUGGUGUUUGUUGCGGAGAUUUUGGUGGACUGGAUGAAGCAUGCCUUUAUUCUAAAGUUCAAUGAAAUAUCUGCAGAUGUUUACCAUUCCUUCUCCAUCAGACUGGCUGAGGACAUGGUGGCCAACAGACAAAGCAGGGCAUUCAUAGACUAUUCUGACUUGGUAUCUAGGAGGAUGGGUUUUACUCCUAUACCGCUGGCUGUUCUACUACUGAGGAUUUGUACAAAAUCAUUCAAAGUGUCAGGAUACACAGGGGCAGGGAUCCUGGUUCUACUGUAUCUAUGUUUGAUGACGUUUAAGGUGUUCAUCAGCAUUGUUUUAUUGGGUAAGGCCUACACACUCAUAGAGGAGAAAGAAAAGAUGGAAACGGAAGAAAAACAAAAGUUUUACAAACAUCACUAUACUAUAGACCAACAUUCCCUUGAUAAAUUUGACCAAGUGUAUCAAAAGGCCUCCAUAGGCAGUAAGAAAUCGAAAGCUCCACUGUGUUUGGAGUCUAACUUAUCUCAUUCAAUUCCCAAUAUACACGAAAAAUGUGCCGAGUCUGAGCUAAGAAAAUGUGAUUCUGUGAUGGAGUUGCCUCUAUCACGACGCAAGAAAAUAGACCUUCACUCAGACAUUUUAGAGGAAAAACAGGAAAGUAGUUCAAAUAGUAAUUCCAGUAUGAAAGAAAGUGAUCUCUCUACACUGUCAAAACAGGAGGAGGGAAAUCGGGAGUUAGGAGUAGAAGAGGUGUUAGAACACAGCAUGGAUCAAAGUGUUAGAAGGAGGAUAAAAACGGGAGAGCAAGUCUCCUCCACAGAUAAAGGCUGUAGUCCUUCCCGAGAGAGAUUAAUCAGCACAGAGAGCACUGUGUGACCCCCCUAACUUUUCUCUGUUCAUCCUUAAAUUAUUGUCAAGGCCUAUUUUCCCAGCAAGGCUGUGGAAACAGUUUGAGUACAUUUGUCUUUGCUUGUGGAACAUUAUGGUAUAAUUUGGUGCUAUUUGUCUUGUAAGAAUUAUGUGUCAUAAGAAAUCCAUGUUACAUGUUCCAUUUAUUUUGCCUGAAGGAGAUGUGCAUCUGAUCAGUGUGUCUUUAUCUGCUAAACAUUACAAAAUUUGGUCACAUACAUAAAGAAAUCAGUGAAUUUAUCCCCUGCAUCUGUCAUUGUUCCAACUUUGUCAGAACUAUACUCAUAUAAAGAAACAUAGCAGCCCAUACUUUGCUCAAAAUGAAGCAUAUAAUCAGAUUUUGUGUGUUGACUUUAAUUUGAAGCUAAAUGAAUAUACAUUGUAGAAUAAGGUCACAUGGUUAAAAGUGAAAAUUCAUUUGGUAACAGUUCUCAAAUUGGCACUAGUGUAUAUAGCAGUCAGUCAGGUUUGAUUGUAGGUGAUCAAUACUUCUGUUGAUAGAACACCUUUAAUUCAUUUCAUGGAGCCCAGGUGGGGCCCGUUUUAUGAAAGAACUUACGACUAAGACCAAAAUUUAAUUCUGCUUAGAACUUUUAUUUUACAUUAAAUUUAAAAAUGGGUUUAAUAUUUUGAAAAAGAGUUGAAUAAGAUGUGCUAGCAAUUUUGAAAUAAUAAUUAAUUUUACAAACUUUUACAAUCAACCUAAGCGUUUGGUUUUAGUCAUAAGUUCUUUUUUAAGACAGACCCCAUUGGUUUAAAAACUUUCAGACACUUUGCUUCAAUGAAUUUACAAACUAAUGACAUCAUUUUUUUUCACUGUCAAUUUUCAUCUUAUGUUUUAAAAAUAUGCAUGUACGUAGUAAACAGGCUUUAAUUGUCUUUUUUCUAUGUAAAAGGUGAUGUAACAAACACUUAUCAAUCUCGUAAGUUCAUUAAACAAAACAAUUCCUGAACAGGGCAAAACCACCACCUCCUGGAAACGUCACUUGUUGUAACGUGUUUUAUUUUUAAUUUUGAUGUGAAAUGCAUAAUACAGUGGCAGACAUACAAGCUCGACCUUUAGAAUUGUGAGAGACAUGACAAAUAUUAUUAACAGUACCAUCAGUAAAUUAAUUGUUAUUGUUCAAAGAAAAUGAACUAUUUAUACAUUCACAAUUUCAUUUAGCUUUCAGAUCUAUUUAUCUAAACAUGAAUAUGAUGAUUUGAGAAUUUUUUUUUGUUUUAUGGUGAAUUCAUUGUAAGAAAGUCUUUAUUUCUAUCUAUAUGUAAAAGGUUCAAGUCAUAUGAUGUGAGUAAAGUUUUUUUAAGACAUAAAAAUACAGUUAUGAUGGUAUUACCAACUGAAUAUCUCAUUAAAGUUGCCCAGUGACUGGCUGGCUCAAUACAUCAUUGUUCUA